UGCGUGCGGCGCCAGGACUCGGGGAGCGGAAUGGCUGAGGCAGUCACAUUGUAGCCGUAGUAUCGCUGCGGUCCCGGGCGCUGCGGCCGGAGGAGGUUUCCCUCUUGUUUGUUUUGCGAUUCCCUGUGAGAGAGAAGUGCGGGCUCCGGGGGGAGCGCUGUGAACUGUCGCACGGACACGACCGGGGGCUGCUGCCGCCGCUGAGGAGGAGGAUGACGAGCCGCCCCGGGUGGCUCUGGGCGCCGGGCGCCUUUCUGCUGCUGCUGCUGCUGUGGGUCUCCCCGUCCUCAGGUGGGCCCAGCGGGGUCUCCUCGCCGCCCCCCUGCCCGGUGCCGUGCCGCUGUAACGCGGAGAGAGGAGUGGACUGCUCCGGGAGAGGACUGGUCGCGGUACCGGAGGGGCUGAGCGCCUUCACCAACAUGCUGGAUAUCAGUAUGAACAACAUCACAAAGUUGCCAGAAGGUGCAUUCAAAGGCUUGCCUUACCUUGUAGAAUUGCGGCUGGCGGGCAAUGACCUCUCUUUCAUCCAUCCCAUGGCCUUGUCUGGCCUGAGAGAACUCAAAGUUCUGACUCUUCAAAACAACCAGCUGAAGACUGUCCCUAGUGAGGCUUUGAAGGUCCUGGGAUCCCUUCAGUCACUGCGACUAGACGCGAACCACAUUGUCAGCGUGCCAGAUGACAGCUUUGAGGGUCUCGUGCAGCUCAGGCAUCUAUGGCUGGAUGACAACAGCUUAACGGAGGUGCCUGUGCGUCCACUCGGCAACCUCCCAUCCCUGCAGGCCUUGACACUGGCUCUGAACAAAAUCGCUCACAUACCAGAUUACGCCUUCUCCAAUCUCUCCAGCCUGGUCGUCUUACACCUUCACAACAACAAGAUCAAAACCCUCGCACCGCACUGCUUUGAUGGGCUGGACAGUCUGGAGGCGCUUGACCUGAAUUAUAAUAACCUCGUGGCGUUCCCGGAUGUCAUAAAGUCCCUGAGUAAUUUAAAGGAGCUAGGCUUCCACAGCAAUUCCAUUACUACAAUUCCUGAUGGAGCGUUUGAGAAAAACCCUCUACUGAAAAGCAUACAACUUUACGAUAAUCCUUUGUCUUUCGUUGGGAAUUCAGCUUUCCAGAACUUAUCAGACCUCCGCUUCUUGGUAAUCCGAGGGGCGUCUGACAUCCAGUGGUUUCCAAACCUGACGGGAACGGUCAAUCUUGAAAGCCUGACCUUGACCGGCACCAAGAUAAGAAGCAUCCCACUGAACCUGUGCCAGGAGCAGAAGAUGCUUCGAUCUCUGGACCUCUCUUACAACGAGAUUACAUCACUGACCGGACUGAAGGGCUGCGGCUUGCUGGAAGAAGUUUCCCUGCAGCACAAUCAAAUCACAGAGGUUCAAAACGAGUCUUUACAAGGCCUGACCUCCCUCCGCAUCCUGGACCUCAGCAGAAACUCCAUCAGCAGGAUCCACAGUGACGCCUUCAGCACUCUGACCUCAAUAUCCAAACUGGACCUGAGUUUUAAUCAGUUGUCGUCGUUUCCAACCGGAGGACUGCACGGCUUAACUCAACUGAAACUCACAGGAAAUCCGACCUUUAGAGAUUCACUGUUGGCUAAAGACUUUCAAAAGCUGCAGUCGGUGUCUGUUCCAUACGCCUAUCAGUGCUGUGCGUUUUCGGCUUGUGACUCUUACACAACCUCCACUGCGGAAGAUGAUGGAUCAAAGUACCAGAAGCUUCUGAUGGAUCAUGAAAAAGGAGCCAUUGAAGACUACGUAUCUGAGGAAGUAAAAGACCAUGUGCAAACUGUUGUUCAUUGCAACCCACCUACAGGCGCUUUUAAACCCUGUGAGUUUCUGCUUGGCAGCUGGAUGAUUCGACUCACCGUAUGGUUCAUCUUCUUGCUAGCUGUCAUCUUCAACAGCAUUGUCAUCAUGACUAUGUUUGCUUCCUGUUCCACCAUGUCCUCCUCCAAGCUCUUAGUAGGUGUCAUUGCCGUCUCCAAUCUUUUCAUGGGCAUAUAUACAGGAAUUUUGACCGUAUUGGACACGGCCUCUUGGGGACAGUUUGCGGAGUUUGGCAUCUGGUGGGAAACUGGCAGCGGAUGUAAAGUGGCUGGCUUCCUGGCAAUUUUCUCUUCGGAGAGUGCCAUUUUCUUCUUGACCUUGGCAGCCAUUGAACGGAGCUUGUCUGCAAAGGAUAUAAUUAAGAAGGAGAAGAGCCAACAUUUAAAGAAAUUUCAAAUAGCUUCAGUCAUUGCUCUGUUCCUUGCAAUAGGAGCAGGAUGUUUGCCUUUGUUUCACGUUGGGGAAUUUUCUUCCUCUCCUCUGUGCUUGCCUUUCCCAACUGGAGAGACGCCAUCUUUAGGCUUUACAGUAACGUUGGUUCUCCUAAACUCCUUGGCGUUUUUGGUGAUGGUUAUAACCUAUACAAGACUAUACUGCACUUUGGAGAAAGAAGACCUCUCUGAGAACGCAGAGUCCAGUAUGAUCAAACAUGUCGCCUGGCUCAUCUUCACCAACUGCAUCUUCUUCUGCCCCGUGGCCUUCUUCUCCUUUGCACCACUCAUCACUGCAAUAUCCAUAACCCCUGAAAUCAUGAAAUCUGUAACACUGAUAUUUUUCCCAUUGCCAGCCUGCCUCAACCCGGUGCUGUAUGUGUUCUUCAACCCCAAGUUUAAGGAAGACUGGAAGCUACUAAGGUGGCAUAUCGCCAAGAGACGUGGCUCGGUCGCAGUCGCCACCAACGCCCAAAGAGGAUGCGUGACUCAGGAUUUUUACUAUGACUUUGGAAUGUAUUCUCACCUACAAGGCAACUACGCGGUGUGCGAUUACUGCGAGUCGGUGCUCCUAAAAAAUCCUCCGCCUUGUAAACACUUGAUAAAGUCUCAGAGUUGUCCAACGUUGGCCGUCGUGCCCUGCCACCGGUCCGAGAAUUACUGGUCAGACAUUGGAACUCAGUCUGCCCACUCGGACUGCGCAGACGAAGAAGACUCAUUUGUGUCUGAUAGCUCCGACCAGGUCCAGGCUUGCGGUCGAGCCUGCUUCUACCAGAGUCGCGGUUUUCCGUUGGUUCGUUACGCCUAUAAUAUACCAAGGAUGAAAGACUGAGCAGACUAUGGACCUAUUCGUUGGGAAUAUAGCAGUGGUCGAAGAGCACAAACCAUUAACGACCUAACAUCAAAGGGAGCACUUUUAUAAGCCUGUCACUUAUAAAGAAGGGAAGCGGACAAAGGACGUCAGGACUCUUGAACAAGCCCUUUGUUGUCUAAGGGGCCAUGUUUCUUGCGCUGCAAGCAGUUACAUGCCUCUGCAGGAGACAGGAGUCUAAAGACUGACUGUUUGGACUACAAAUAAUUUGUAAACCAAAAUUUUGCCUGCAAUCGUUCUGUUUUGUCUGUCUUCGAAUCUACGUAACGUGUUGAUGUGUUUUUUUUCAUGUUUUUUUUUUUUUUUUCCCUACAGUAUAAUGUCUUUGUAUGUUAGCUCGGCGGCGGCAUAUUGAACCGCCAUGUAGUGCAGUGCUGAUAUUGAGGGAAUGUCAUUGUAUGAAGACAGUUGUUAGUAGCAUGUAGGUGUAGUAGCUCAGGAGGGAUACAAUCCCAGUCUGCGAUACUAUGAUCUUAAGCGUCUUUCCUAUGUCUGUAUGGAACGCUACACGAGGUCUAUCACAGCUAGUGGGGCCAUGCCGCCAUCUACACAUGCUGGCACCGGAGUGGUAGAUCGACAUCUAUCAGAGGUGUGCUCCAGCGGUCCUAUAGGUAAUCAUAGACCAAAAAUAAAAGGAAGUACAGUAUUAUCUAAUCUAUUAACGUUUUCAAGGGCUAGAAAUCUGCUAGGAACAGUAAUGGGUUUUCUAGCGAUACAGAAUAGGGCUGGUAGUCCGCCAAGCACAACUUGGGUAGAUAUGUAACCAAAUUGCUUUUUGGGGGGAUCCGCAAUAUUGUUAUACGCAUACAGCCGGUGCAUAUUGCAAACAGUACAUGACGUGAAACACAAACUAUUACUUGUGCCUUAUUGAGUACUACUUAAAGGGGUUGUCCAAGAAUGAAAACUUAUCACCUAUUCGAAGGCUUGGUGAUUAGUGCCGGGGGGGGUCUUACCACUGGGACCUUAAUCAAUCACAACAGUCGGAAGAUAGGAGGUCCUGUAUCCCCUCUUUUGAAUUGUUUGGCGGCCAAGUAAACGCACUGCCACUCCUAUUAGACAGCCAAAGUGCUUGCCUAUCUUUGGCAGUCACAUAGACUAGACCUGAGUACCAUGCUCAUGCUUCCCCUUCGGUCAAGUGGAGGACAUGGGACCCUCUCUAAUCAGUGGGGUCCCAGCAGGCGGAACUCUACCAAACAGACCCUUAUGCACUAUCCAGUUGUCCUUUUAAGGAUGAGCCUUCUAAGAGCCAUCCAAAGGGUCCUGAUUGGGCACCCACGUAAUAGUGGUCAGAUUGGCCAAAAAUCCAUCUGCCCUUACCAUAGUUAUCAACGUAUCUGAUAAUGACCCGGUUGCUUUCUCUUGAGGGCUUUUCAUGGCAAAACAGUCUACCAUAGAAGGCCUAGGUGCUUCGUGGUAGAAAUUCAGUCUGCCAUGGAAAUUCACAAAACAUGGUGCGGAAGAGUGAAAAUGAUGUGAAAUGGUGCCAAUAUAUAUAUUUUAUGGAAAGAAGUCUCCAUAAAAUUUCACACUGAUCAUUAUAGCAUCUGUGGGGUUGUACAAGGAGGAAAAUGGGUCUGCUUUUUUUUUUUUUUUUUCCCCUUCCCCUCCCAGAAAUGGCACCGCUGCUGUCCAUGGGCGGUGUAUUGCAACUCAUGCAAGUAAAUGCCGUACCAAAAUACAGCACAAUGACAGGUGCUGUUUUGGGGGUGUAAAUUGACUUAAAAGAAGUCAGACACCAUCAGUGGUGUCCAUAGAGGGUGCCUGGUUGCAUCGGGUGACAAUCAUCAGACGUCUCUGAACUCCUCCGAGGUGGAGCUUCAAUUAACAGUCACACAAUGUGUCUGUGCACACUGCCGAAUUGUAUGUAAACUCUGCAUAGAACGGACCAGAAAUCUAUGGCGCACACCCUCUUUUCCAGCACACUGGCUUCCAGCAGUCUGAACAGUGAAGUACAAUUUGCUUCCAAUCCAACGUGUGCCGCUGGGAACUGCGGCACUGGCACAGAUGGCAUUUUAAGGCUCCAUUCACACGUCCGUGGUGUGUUGCGGAUCCGCAACACACCCGCCUGGCACCCC